AUGUCAUUUGAUUCCAAUAUGCCCCAAAGGCCUGGUAUCACCACGGCCAGUGAAGCCUGUGCCAAACAUCUCGCGCGCCGUCGAGGAUUUCAAAUUCCUCCUCGCGCCGGCCACGAGCCUCCUUUCAUUCCGGACGAUGCUCCAGACGUCUAUGAGGCGAUUCUGCUCGGCCCCGGCGAGAACAAGAUCGACGUUGAAGUCGACACUCGCCUGCCCUCUGCUUGUAUCUUCACUUUCCACAAGGAAGACCACACUUUGGGCAACAUGCUCCGCACCCGUCUCCUGAAGACUGCUCAUGUCAUUUUCGCCGCCUACCGCGUCCCUCACCCCCUCACCCCUGAAUUCCAGCUGCGGGUUCAGACCGAUGGUGAGAUUACUCCUCGCCAGGCAGUCAUCAAUGCGUCCCAAGCUCUCAUCAAGGAUCUUGGUACUCUGUCCCGCGAGUUCACCAAGGAGUACGAGCUUCGCAAGAUGGCCAAUGCCGCCAACGCACAACACACCGAGUAA